AUGGAUCUGCUACCCGACGACCUGCUCGCCGACGUCUUCCGCCGCCUCGCGCCGUGCGGCCUCGCCGCCUCGCGCUGCGUGCGCAAAGCCUGGUGCGCCAUCAUCGACACCCGACGCCUGCUCCGCGCCGACCUCCUCCCACUCCGGCUCGACGGCUUCUUCUGCCUCGGGCGGAUCCUCCACCCUCCCCCAUGUUUCUUCUCGCGCCGCCCCUCGCCAGGCCGCCAGCAGGUCGCCGGCGGCCUCGACUUCCUGGGCACCCGCGACGCCAUGGACCUGCACAUCAUAGACCACUGCAACAGCCUGCUCCUGCUCGACUUCGGGCGGCUGGUUAACCCCACCACGCGGCAGUGGGCGCGCUUGCCUUCCUCCCCGCACCCGUCCACCGGGAUGGAGGAUUUCUACGACAACUACGGCCUGGUGUACGAUCCUAUGGUGUCACCGCACUACGAGGUGUUCCUGAUCCCCACAGUUCCUGCGAGGCUCGGUUCCAGCAGCAGGUUCAAGGAGGACUCGGAAUGGCCCCCGUCGCCGUACUCGACGCACGGGCACGUCUUCUCGUCGAGGAGUUGGAGGUGGGAAGAGAGGUCCUUCGUCCUUGAAGGGGGCGUAGCUGUGGCGACGAUUGCUGACAUGAUGCUGCCCGAUCGGAAGCACGGGCAGAAGAGCAAUUUGAAUGGAACUUCGAAGAUGGUGCAAUCCUUGAAACCAAAGAUUCGGUUGAAACGUAUGACCAAGAAACAUUUUUUCUCGGAUUUCAUCCUUACAAAGUGA